AUGUCGGAACGCAUCUUAUUGAACGAGUUGCGGUCUUUGUCUUCCGAGAAAUGGGUACAUAUUGAGCUUCGCAACGAAAACAUUUAUGAGUGGGACGUCGCCCUUGUCGUCCUGAACCCGAGCUCUAUGUACGAUGGAGGCUACUUCAAGGCCCGAAUGACCUUCCCUAAGAACUACCCCUAUGCACCACCUGCCUUCCGCUUCCUCCUACCCAUCUAUCACCCAAAUAUCCACACAGAUGGCAGAGUGUGCAUCUCCAUCCUCCACCCACCCGGCGAUGAUGAAAUGUCCGGCGAACUCGCCGCAGAGCGCUGGUCCCCAGCCCAACGUGUUGAAUCAGUCCUCAUAUCAAUCCUAUCUCUUCUCGACGAUGCCGAAAUAUCCUCUCCCGCCAACGUCGAUGCAGCCGUCAUGCUCCGCAAUGACCCAACCGCCUACCGUGCGAAAGUGAAUCUGAACGUCGAGGCGUCUCGGGCAACAGCCCCAGCCGGCUUUAAAUUCUCAGCUCCCGAACCAACACCUCACGAAGUGGAGAAGGAGGAUUUAGACUUUUGGGCAGACUCGGAUGUCGACAGUGACCCCUUUGGUGGCAGUGACUCAGAUGGGGACCUUGACAUGGAUGCUUUAAGCGGUAGUGACGUUGAUGAUGACGAAGAUGAAGAUGAGGACGAUGAUGGUCGCGCAUAG